UCCAAGAUCAGACCCAAGUUCCCCUCUCCCCACCAAAAAUGGGCGGAACCUCGCCGUGCGCCUCCUGCAAGUUGCUGCGCCGCCGCUGCGCCAAGGACUGCAUCUUUGCCCCUUUCUUCCCUCCCGACGAUCCUCAGAAGUUCGCCAUCGUUCACAAGGUAUUCGGAGCCAGCAAUGUCAGCAAGAUGCUCCAGGAGCUGCCGGUUCAUCAAAGAGCAGAUGCAGUAAGCAGUCUGGUUUACGAGGCAAAUUCCAGAAUGAGAGACCCGGUAUAUGGAUGCGUUGGGGCGAUUUCGUACCUUCAGAAUCAAGUGUCGGAGCUUCAAAUGCAGCUGGCGGUGGCCCAGGCGGAGAUAUUAUGCAUCCAGAUGCAGCAAGAGCCGCCAAGCUUGCCACCGCAGAUAGGGGGCGGAGGCUGCCCAGAUGGUCAGGGAACGCUUCUUCUUCCAUCCAGUGAUCAUAACUUCAUUAAUAACAUUAAUCCACAGCAGCUGAGCUUCGCUUCUUCUAGCACUAGUGUAAUCCAAGACCCUCUCAAGAGAGAAUCUCUGUGGACGUGACUUGAUUGCUAGCUGUAGAAAAUCCCAUUCCUAUUCAUCGUCAAUGGUUUUAUCAAGGGUCUUAAUUCACUCUUUCACGAUCUCAUUGCAGACGUCUUUACUGUGUUUGUAUCCAUCUGUUUGAGGGAGAUCAGUGCAUGUUGGAUGGAUA